UAAUGCCCCGGGACAGCUGCUCGAGGUGCAGCCUUUGGACAUGUGCGGAGGCCAGCACCACGUGCCGGGGCUGCAGGGACCCUGGCCCCAGUCCCCUGACAGGGCCUUAUCUGGUCGCUGCUGUCAGGAUGGGGAAGCAGAACAAAGUGGACUCCUUCCUGAAGCAGAGCUAUCCGUUUUGUGCUGCUGCCGUGGCCAGAGAGGCAAAGGUGAAACGGGGGGCCCCCACCUCUUGCCCCGGCAGCCAGGGGUGCCCCACGUGUGAGGCCCUGCACCCCCAGCUCCAAUUGUCACCCCCAGAGCAGAUGCAGUCCCAAUAGCCAAUUCACUAAUAAUCAACCAUUAUUUCGUAUGUGUUCAAGCAAUGUCUAUCCCCUCUUGUUAAUGCCAAGAUCUCCAAUGCUUCUUGCUGCUGUGUCCCUGCUACUGCCUGACCUUACAUCUCAAUUCCUCGGUGAUACAACUGUCAAAGACGUAGUUGUUCACAUUGCUCCCAUUCUCCUCCUUUUGAACAAGUCUGUUCUGAUGCAGUCUGCGUGUCUUCACAGGUUGAUUUGGCUUUGGGUUCUUUGGGCUUUCAAAGUUGCUUUAGUGAGAGCUGGACCUUGAGAUGUGAUUCUCUUUAUGGGAAUCUGCUUUGGUUUAUCUGAAAUAUUUGGUUGUCAGAGACCUCUGCAUUCAGUGACAGCGGGUGAGAAGCCAAGUUACAGUCAUGCCUAAAAGGUCACUGCUCAGGAGCUAUUCUCUGUAGCGCCAAAAUGCCCCGUUACUGUGUGCUGACCAUCAUCAGGUCUUUCUUUAUGGUCAGUCAGGUUUCGUAUAGUGAUUGAUUGCCCAAAGUAUAAAGUGGUUCAGGAGGGAUGAUAACAUAAUACCAUCUUGUUAACACCCUCUUCCAUCUUAUCAAAUGCCACGAUCUAGCAGUGACAGCAAGGCUUUGUGCUCCAGGGGCGCCUGACUGAUCAGGUUGCGGGAGAGUGACAACUCUGUAAGUACUUUGGCACCUUUGUCAUCCCUUCCUUGGCCUUUAGCUAAGAUAUUUUUUAAAGCUGGAAUUAAUGUGUGACAAAAGCUGGCUAAUCUCCUGGAAAUACUUAUUUCCAAGUUUGCAGAAAGUAUUAACUCUGAGCAAGCAUUUUUCUGGACUAUUAUUCCUCCGAGCUGGGGAGCAGCCCAUCUACCCCUGCCAUUAAUCAUUAUGACAGCAGAGUGAAUAGUUCACAGCUGCCCCCUUGGCUGGCCAUCGUCUCCUCUCCUCCACUAGGGACAGGUUGCGUGGUGCAUGCCCGCAUGGGGGGCUGCGCUGGGGCUGCAGCCCCAGAGGACGGUUUUCCUUUUCCUGCCCCAAAGGCAGCCGCCCUGGUGCAGGUCAAGGCAGCAGCUCCACGCACCUGUGCGGUGCUGGGACCAGGACCGAGGGCAGAAGGAGAGAGAGCCGGUGACUGUGGAUGCACAUGAUGCAUUGGCUCACCAGAAUUUUUUCUCCUUUCCUACUGCCUGCAGCAGUAAAUUAAUUGGCAGUAAAUGAGGCGUGAUGAGGUGGGAUGCAAUUUUUCAGGAUGAUUUCAAAAACCUGGCCAGAAAUCUGAGGGCAUGCAGGCCUAGAUGGAGGGUGAAGACCCAGGGCAGUUGCAUGGCUGUUUCUCUCCUGCAGUACAUUUGUUGCCUGGGAUGGUGUAGCCACGGAGACCACCUCUUUUGGUAUGCCCACCCUGGAUCAACAGUUCCUCCAGGACUCAAAAUAAUCCCGAGCCCACCAGCUCCAGCUUGGGAGCUCCCUGGCUUUGCAGUCAAUGGCAUCACCCUCUGAGCAGUUUCUUCUGUGGCAGCACGUCCCACCUCCUAUCCUCCUCAGUAACGCAGCACUGAGAACUGCACAAGUACUUGGUGGUGGGGGUGGCCGGUAUUUUGACACAUUUUUCAGUCAAGGCUUUAAUUUCAUUUAGGAAAAAAGAUAGUAUUUUAUGAGGGCACAACUCUUCAGCCAUGUCUACAUCUUGAUGCAGGGCUCAUGGGACAGAGACCAAACCCCAAACCAUAACGUAUGAACCGAGGCAGCAGUGUGUGCACAUCCAUGAGGACUGGCACCUGGGGCUGGGCUGACGUCUGCCACUACACCUAUUAGUCAUUGCUCAAUAACUUACCCAACUCCUAAUAUCCAUAAGGAAAUAUUUGCAGUAGAAGUCACCAGAACCCAUAUAUUGUUUGUUUUGCUCCCCACUAAUUAUUCUGGACAUCCUCCGUGACAUCGUUUGCCUCAUUCCUGGUGAAAAGAUCUGUAUAUAAGGAUGCGUGCUGUGGGGCAUCUUCAGAAGGCAGGGACAUUGGACGGAAAGAUCCUUACACUGAAGAGAUCGGUCAGGUAAGAGCAAUAUUAUUCCUCAAAAAGCAUGUUCUUAGCUUCUGCUUCUGCAAAUCUGAGUGCCUCCCAAAGGCAAAGCCUUGAUGUCAGCUUGUGACUAUUGUUUUUUUUUAACAAAAACCGUUAUUCUUGCCUGCUGCCUGACUGAAUUAUGCUCUAACAAGCAAAAUGUGAGGCAGCCUUCACUGCGAGUUUCUGAGGAACAGCCGUGCACGUUCAUUGUAUUGGCAGUCCUUGAAGAAGAAAGGGUAUUUUGUGAUUUUCAUAAACAAUUACCAGAUUAAUUACUUAUGGUAUAAUUCUAGUCUCCGAGAUAGCUUUUUUACCUAAGGUGAAUUACACCUUUCACAUUUGUUUUGAUCCGUUUUGAUGUGCUAUUUACAUUUAAAUAGAUUUGGGGCAAUGAAGUUCAUUAUGGUUCUGUAAAAAUGCUACUUCAAGUUGUAGAUCCCCCAAAAUAUUUCAGUGACACUGAUACUUUUAAAAUGAUUUUCUUCUUCGUGUGAUUCUUGGAAAAGGCGCUUUUAUGCAGAGGCAAGCCUCAGAUACAUGAUGUUUGUGAUAGAUCCUGACACUCAGACAAGAAAUGCUUUCCUCACCAGACGUGCUGGUGCAUUUGUCCUGUGUGCUGCUGCUGCUUUUCUUUCCAUGACCUUCCCAGUCAGUAACAACGUGCUGACCAGUGCUGGGGGCUUCAGGCAGGACCAUCUGAGCAGCCUCCUUCUCUUCACUUGGCUGCUGUGACGGUCUUUGGAGCAGCUGCUGCUGGAGCUGUGGUUGCUCCCGCAGGAAAGUGCUGUCAGGACCAUUCUGUACCAGUGGUGUGGUGGAGAGGAGGGAGAGGUGCCUGCAGCUUCCUCUCUGAUUUUGUCUUCCCUGUGAGACUCUCCUUUCCUCCUUCCUCCUCCUUCCUCCAGCCACUGCCUUGUGCUCACUGUUCCAGCAUUGCACUGAUGGCAAUUGCUUUCCGCAGUUAUCAGAAUCAAAGAUGUUCAAGUUCUGUGUGGUUUUCCUCCUCUGUGGCCUGCUGACCCCUUCGCAAGGACUGGCUGGAAGUGCCUCGGUGUCUGCCAGGGUGGAUAAAGAUGUGCUAGAAAGCGGUAAGUGUUUGGAAGAGGCAGGAUUUUUCUUUGUUUUGAGACCACUUCUGCUCUUUCUGUCUCUUGACCACAUUCAGAAAACCAAAAGCUGGUCCAGCAGUAGUGACUGAUGCUCAUAAUUUGCAUUUAUAAAGCAUUUUGCAGAUGGCACGUCAGAUACUUCCCAGUGACUGGAGCAUCACCCUGGUGUACAAAGAGGGGAAAAGAGGCACAGGGAUGGGAAGGAACAGCCAGGCUGACAUAGCAUGUUUGUGUGCUGGGUCAGCAUGGCUCACAGUGACCUCUCAACUGUUUCUUCAGUCAUUGCAGGGUCACUAGCCAACGGCAACCUUCUCGAGGGGCUCCUGGGUGGUCUCCUUGGUGGCGGUGGCCUUGGCGGUCUGCUUGGAGGUGAUGGACUUGUUGGUGGUCUCCUUGGUGACAGUGGCCUUGUUGGCGGUCUCCUUGGUGACAACGGCCUUGUUGGUGGUCUCCUUGGUGAUGAUGGACUUGUUGGAGGUCUCCUUGGUGAAGACGGGCUUGGCAGUCUCCUUGGUGAUGAUGGACUUGUUGGAGGUCUCCUUGGUGAAGACGGACUUGUUGGCGGUCUCCUUGAUGGUGAUGGACUUGUUGGCGGUCUCUUUGGUGGCAAAGGACCUGUUGGUGGUCUCCUUGGUGGUGAUGGACUUGUUGGCAGUCUCCUUGGUGGCAAUGGUGGUCUUGCAGGUGGUCUCCUUGGCGGCAAAGGGCGCAUUGGUGGUCUCCUUGGCGAUGAUCCUCUUGCUGGUAGUCUCCUUGGUGGUGAUGGAGCAGUUGGCGGUCUCGUUGGCGACAAUGGUAUUGCAGGUGGUCUCCUUGGUGGCAGUGGUCUCCUCGGUGGACGUGGUCAGCACGGCCAAGGCACACUUCCUGAAGGAGGGCUCCUUGGCAAGAAUGGUCUGCUGGGCACCAUCAAAGGGCUCACAGGGCUGAAAAUUGUGAACAUCACUCUCCCCAAAAUAACUCUGCGCUUCCUGCCAGGCAUCGGGCUCCAGCUGAAUAUCCACACCCAGCUGCUGGUAGAUGGCAAUGGCGCAGUGGGUGGACUGCUCCAGCUCCAGGUGGAAGCGAACAUCACAGCAAGAGUCCGCCUGGUCCAGGACAACUCGGGGGCUCUCAAGCUGGUCAUCGAAGACUGCAAGACUCUUCUUGGAGGUGUCAACAUCCGUGUUGGACCCAAAGUGCCACUUGUGGAGAGAACUGUAAAGAGCGUCCUCGGCAGCGUCCUGCCCAGGCUGCUGUGCCCUGUCGUCAACACCGUGCUGGGCGUCAUGAACUCGCUGCUCGGCUCCGUGACUUCUGUGCUUCCACUCGGGGCCCUGGGAGAUCUCCAGUAUACUCUGUCCUCCCUUCCCAUCAUCGGCGACAAGUCCAUCCAGCUGGAUCUAAACCUCCUCCUCAGGGAUGCGGCAGGCAACGUGGUGGAGCCUGUGCGCGGGCAGUCGUCCCCUGUCACCCUGCUGCCAGCCACCAGCCACGGGGUGCAGGUGGGGCUCUCGAAGGACGUGCUGGGCGCCGUGCUGGGGCUGGCCCAGAAGCAGGGAGCCUUCAACCUGGACAUCACCAGCUCAGCGGUGCCUGAUAGCAUCUCGCUGUCCACCUCGGCCCUCCUCUCAGCCUUCCCUCAGCUCUCUGCCAUGGUCCCCGGGUCGCUGCCGCUGGCGCUGCGUGUGCGGCUGGCCGACGUGCCAGAGGUGGCCCUGCGGGACGGGAGAGCCACUGCCACCCUCCGAGCCACCAUAGACGUCGUGACACGCCGCCCAGGCUUCCCCGUGCAGACCCUCUUCAGCCUGGACUCGGAUGUCAGUCUGAACAUCACCCCCUCCGUCUCCAGCGGCAAGCUGCGCGCCUCCCUGGCCAUCGACAGAGUCAAACUGAGACUGGCAUCCUCACAAAUUGGCCCUAUCAAUGUCUCCCGGCUUGAAGGAUGGGUGACGGAUGUCCUCGCGGCUGCAUACGUGCCUGCCAUUAACAGUGCUGUGAGUGCGGGGAUCCCUCUGCCCAACAUCCUCAACACCAGCUUCGAGAACAGCCAGGUGGACAUCGCUGAUAACACCUUUGUGAUCAGCCAGAAGUCUAGAGUGCUCUAAAACCAGCUUAUCUCAGCAAAACCUUGCCCCUGCUCUUGGGAUGAGGCAGACAAUUCCCCGUGAGCCUGGAGAGCCCUGGUCGUCCCUAAUUGCUUUGUCUUUAUUUUGUCUUGAGUAUUGUCAUGUGUUAUUGCCGUGGCCCGAGAGGGAGGGAUGUUUCUGGUCCAUCCGUCCUGCUAUAGCCCACAUGGGGGUAUGGAGAAGGUGCUCGGCUGAUGGAUGUUAGGGGGCAUUUUCUGUGGCCAAUUCUAACAUCCUAAGUCUGGAACCAGAGCUCUUGUUUAGGCAUAAAUGUUGCUCUCAAAUUCCUCUUUCAAUAAAAUCCU